AUGGUCAAGGAUGCAUGGUCAGCUGAAACCGGCGCGGGAGGACCUCAUGUCGGGGACUUGCGUUACUUCUCGCGAAGCUACGAUCCACGGCAAGAGUUGGAGCCUGCUCAAGAGACCAAGACAUUGGUUCAUGAAGAUGGCUUUCCUCUGCGCAUCAAGCUCGAGCACAAACUCGUACCGUCAUCUGUGUUGAUGGGCAACUGCAGGCGAAGUCCGCUCACUGGAGAAGUCAUUCUGAACAUGGAUCCGGCCUAUCCGAAUUUCCAGGUUGUGGAUCUUGCUGGACGCGAUCGUCUCCCCAAGAACCGGCUUUAUCUUGAGAAGGAUGAGUACCUUUUCAAACCUGUUCCCUUGAUGUACCGAACUUGGCUGUAUCAGUCCUUCUUCCUUCAUCCCAGCGGACUGGGCAAAGCAAGCGAUCUGGAUUAUGUCGUGAGACAGGCGCUUUCUGCCUUCUGUCUUGACGUAACGAUUUGGGACAACAGAUGGUCACCAGUUAUGGCUUACGCCUUCAUAAUGUUCCUCUCCUCCCUGACCUUGGACAGCACGAUUAUCGCGCUAGCCUGCGGCAUUGGGUUACUGACGUGUGCGUUCGCUGUGGCCUGCAACACUGCAAAGGCAUACCAAAGAGAACGCUGGCUGUCACUGCCGUUCCGCGUGGCCUUUCUCUGCUACAUCUUGAUUUCUUUCCCGGCGGCAACUGUUCUUGAGGCAAUCGGCUCCACAUUGCUAUUCUUGCUGGUCUCAGCGGAGAUUAUUCUUGGUGAUUGCUACUUCUUCCCGUCAUACAGAUUCCACUGCAAAUACGACAUUCUUCGAUCUUUGGGCUACCGCGUCUAUGUUUGUGCACGAGAUGGCGCUGUAGGCAUGCCAGCUUACGUCGGCAGAACGCCUGAUAGAAUGCCGCUUCAAGUAGUGCAGCUUCCCAAAUGGACGACGCAGAACCACCUCAUUGUGGAGCUUGAAGGCCUUAUGGUGGAGCUUCGUCCCAUGAGAGAGGAGGACUGGACCAAAGCGGCGCAGGAGUUUGAAGAGACCAACGUGCCCAUCACCUUCGUGAGCCUGCCGUUGUGUGAAUAUGAUGGUCCUGAGGUUGAGGACGAAUCCGACGAGGAAGAGGACCACUUGCCCAAGAAAAUGGCGCGAGGGGCAGUGCGGGGCUCCACUCACCUGGAGACGCUGCGAGCUUUCAGACAAGCGCGUGAGAUAUACGGGGGCAACGAUCAGCUGGAUUGGAUGAUCCAGGACCUCGAGUACUCAUGA